GGCAAUACUGGAUCAAUCCUAGCGGUAACCCUCUUAAUGAACCAACAAAGGCAAUUUGCCGAUCACGCAACAAAGAGACAUGUAUCAGCAGCAAGAAAAGUAGAUUUGAGUCAAAAGAAUGGUCAACAGCAACGCCGAACGAGAAGAGGAUAUGGCUUCAACAUAUCAACAACUUUGGUG